AUGAGUGACCCUUUUCUUGUACCAUUCAAACAACGAUUGGCAACUGAAAAACCUAAACCACAAAAAAGAGUUGAGCGUAUUCAAACUGAAUUCAAAUACAAUCAUAGUAAUGAAGAUACUGAUAAACAACGACUUUCUAUGGCUCAAAAACAUAUUGAAGAUAUUAAAAAAGAACAUGAACGAUUAAUGGUUGGAAUUACUGAUGAGGAGACAAAACCUAAAAGUGUAUUAGAAACAUUAUUUAAUGAAUCAAUUGAUCAAAGUAAAAAACAGACAUCAGUUUCAGAUGAUCUUCAUUUAAGUUCUACAGUUAUAACUAAAACAACAAGACAUUUAAAUAAAGCAUGUACUGCUGUUAAAAUAAAUAAAAAUGAACAAAAUAAAGUGUAUGUAGCAUCAUUAAAUGGUAAAAUCAUGAUUUAUGAUUUAAUUAAUAAUCAAUAUUGUGGAGAACUCACUGUUCCUUGUAUUGAUAAAACAAAAAUAAGACCUGAAAUAUUAUCAUUGGCAAUUAGUCAUGACAAUAAAUAUAUUGUAGCUACAACUAAAAAUCAUCAUAUACUUAUUUAUGAUUCUUCUAAUAAUCAAUUACUUGGAACACUUAAAGGUCACCAAGACAUUGUUACUUCAUGUGUUUUUAGAGAUGGGACAUAUGAAUUAUAUAGUUGUAGUUAUGAUAGAAGUGUUAAAGUAUGGAACAUUGAAAAUAUUAGUUUAAUGGAUACAUUGUAUGGACAUCGUUCAAAUAUUAAUUGUAUUGACGCAUUAUCUAAAGAACGAUGUGUAACUGGCUCAUCUGAUAAGUCUAUAAGAAUCUUUAAAGUAUCAGAAGAGUCUCAAUUAAUUUAUAAUGCUUAUAAUGAAAUUGAAUGUGUAAGUUUAUUAAAUGAAACAACUUAUAUUGCUGGAUCAUUUGAUGGAACAUUGUCAGUUUACAUAGUAUCAAAGAAAACACCAAAAUAUAUAUUAGAAGCAGCACAUAAACAAGUCACAGCAUUAUGUACCAUUCAAUACAGUGAUGUUAUUUUCAGUGGAGGUGUAGAAGGAAUAGUAAAAAUGUGGAAAAUAAACAUUCCUUCUUCAUUUAAAUCUUCAGAAACACUUUCAUUAGAACUUUUGGGUGAGGUUAAUGUUGGGGGAUGUGUUAAUUCUAUUGACGUAACAAAAGACCACUCAGCCAUAGUUUGUGCAAUAGGAAAGAGGUACAGAUUAGGUGAUUGGAAUAAAACAGAAAAUGCUGUAAAUGGAAUAUCCAUUGUGAAAUUACAUUGA